CCACUUAGAUCUUUCGACCUCAGGAACUCGCUUUCAAGGCUGUCAAGGCCGCUUUUUCGACUCGGAUCAUGUCGUACAAUCGCGUCUCCUCCCUCCUCGCCUCCUGCGCGGCAAGACCAACAGGCGUCACGGGUGUCGAGGACUCGUGUCCCUCAGAGCCGAACGAGGAUCAGCAUGGCAACAGAUCACAUCUCGAUGCUCCUACGUUGCCAUCUCUUCGGGAUAUGCUCCAUACGCCUGAUCCAUUGCUUCCAACCGGCAGAUGGGAAGAACCUCGCUUCACGCCUCCCAUCGGCAUCUCUUCACAUACGGACUUCAUCCACCAUCUUGAUCAGCGUGAUCACCACUCCAGAUGCUGUCACUCGGUUCCUGAGGGUUGGCGAGGGGUGGAGGAUAAAGAUAAUCGGACACCGCGGCUCUUACGGCAAGUCAGUGUGAAGCUACACGUUUUGCAGGACUCGUAUUAUUUCCCUCGUCAACGUCAUGUUAUGCUGCCCCUUGAAAGGUUGGAUACGCGAGACAAGGCGGAUGUGAUGGAUGUUGAUUCACCUGAACGCGAUGGUGAGGUUGUGAAGGGGCUGGCAGACCGCGCUGCUUUUCUGGAAAACGAGGUGCAGGAGGCGAAGUUACAGAAAGUCAAGGAGAUUACUUCAGAGGCUGCUUCAUCCAACACCUUCAGACCUCGACAAGACUAUAAAUCUUCACCCGCAUCCUCCUCCCGACUCUCUGACAGCGGUUCAAGUUGCUCGCCUGCCCCCCUUUCCGAAAGCGGGCUAUGGGAUUCGACCGAUAAGAUCAAGCGUCACCGCAAAUCCUCCUCAAAGUCGUCCAGUCUUGCAUCCGUUUCAUUCCAAGAAUUCGUAUCACCCUCAAUACCACCUUCCGGAUUCGCAACUCCAAACUCGAAAUCCACACCUACUCGCCGCGUGGCCCGUGUCGCUUGCCUCCCCUGCCGUUACCGAAAAGUCAAGUGUGACGCAAAACUUCCCGUAUGUAGAACAUGCGAGGCGAGGAGUGCCCCGGACCAGUGUGAGUGGAAAAAGAGUGCGAGGGGCGGGGCGAGAGUACCGAGGAGGAAGGUGCAACAUAUGCAAGACGCGGAGCGUGCGCCUCAUGAGAGACGUUUACCUUACGAGAGGGGAUGGACAAGCGAUGACGGGCAUACGAUGGAAGGAGGACGGGUAAUGAGCCGACUAGACGGCCGUGAAGACGAACGUGUGGCAGGCGGGUCCCCGUGGGUAUUGGGUAAAAGGGGCAUGUGAACGCAGUGUAGCAUCGGGUAUGUACAUAUCCCACGUACUAUCACCAGGCGUGCAUACCGAAGAUAUCGUUAUCACAUUUGCAUUCUGCUAUAUAUGGUUGCAACUGAGCGAAUGCAGCAGUUCAAUCUUACCCCGGAGUGUUUGUGAGCAUUGUGGAGCAAAUUACGAGAAUUUCUGGGAACGGACUGAUACUCGUUGCCGGGGUUAAACCAUCUCGUUUGUUAACUGACAACUGUACUUACGGAGAUGUCAGGACAUUUUCUUGCCGGGUAACGGGUAACGGGUCGCAGGGUGUACGUAUAC